AUGGACACUUCACGAGGCUCUAAGCGCAGUUCCAUAUCGUUCGGCAGUUACCAGAGGCAGCCCGGACACGGUGUGCCUGGAGGUUAUGAUAGCGGCAUGUUUUCGUAUGGACCACUUGGUGGCAGCGGAUCGGGUAUUGGCGCUGGCGCUAGUGCGGGUGGGUCGCAUUACGCGAAUAGAUCACCAAUGUACUCUCCCUUGGACUAUUCUCAACCGAUAUUCCCACCUAAUGGAUACACGAAUCUUCAUCAGUUUAGGAAUUCAAGCGGCGGAGAUGCUGCUGUGGUUUGCGAAUAUGAAGCUAACUAUCCAUUGUUCGCCGUAGAUUGGAGUUUAGGGGAUUACGUUUGUUUUGGAUCGUAUCUGGAAGGGAACAAAAACAGGCUACAAGUUAUAAAAACAGAUGAUUUGUUGACAUGGGAUAAAGUUGCGGAAUGCAGUGUUACAUUUCCAGUAAGCAAUAUACAAUGGCAGCCCGGUGGAACGCAUUCCAGUAAGUUUGCAACAUGCUCGGAUUCUUUGCGGAUAUGGAACAUGAAUGAAGAGGAUAACACGCUACAAGAACGAAUUAAUUUAUCAGUCUGUAAAUACAACAAACAGCAGAAUGUCAAUGCGGUGGCAGCAGCAAGUACAACGUCUGCUACCGGAGCACCAUCGACAUCUACAUCAGCAUUAAAGUCAUCGCCGAAAAAUUCAAAUAUUAAUGAUUCCCAAGGAACUACUGCUGGACAUUUAAGUUUGCUGGGUGAACUUCCGCCAAUAACAUCGUUUCACUGGAACCCGAUAGAUACCAAUCUUUUAAUUUCAUGUUCUAUAGACACUACCUGUAUCGUAUGGGAUCUGCAAAGCAGCACGUACGUCAAAACACAACUGAUUGCACAUGACAGUGAAGUAUUCGACGUACGAUUCCUCACGCAAUCCACACAAUUAUUUGCUAGUUGCGGUGGUGAUGGCAGUGUGAGAGUGUUUGAUCUCAGAUGCCUUGCGCAUAGCACGAUUAUUUACGAACCAAAUGCCCCCCUCGAAAACUCACAAUCUAAUGUCAGCUCGGAGUCGGUGGGUGCUAUCGCAUCGGUUCAUCAAGGCGCAGAUUACGAUAAUUCUUCCAAGGCGCUUUUACGCUUAGAACCAUCACCAUUUGAUCCGAACGUAAUUGCAACUUUUGCGCUGGAUUCGCAGUCCAUUCUAAUCCUCGAUAUGAGAAACCCCGGCUCCCCGAUCCUCACACUACAGGGUCACAACGCAGCGGUGAAUCAAAUCAAAUGGCACCCCACAAGAAGAAAUGUUAUCAUAUCCUGCAGUGAUGAUUGUCAAGUACUAUAUUGGGACCUCCAUCAAUGGCUAGAUUCCGUGGCAGAUUCCAACAGCAACACUGAAAACCCUGAAACAGCAGUAACGAAAUCUCCCGCAAAGUCUCCCUUCUCUAAUUCAAACUCAUCUUCAAUAACAGGGCUGUCAAGCGACAAUGCGGACCCGGCAGUAUCCAAGUGGAGUACCAAGAACAACUCACAAUGGCUCGAUACGCCAGCCAUGUACUACGCCAAUAAGGGUCAAGAAAUAAAUAACAUUAUCUGGAGACCACAAGGCGGCGAGUGGCUCGGUGCAAUAAGUGCCAAACGAUUUCAGAACAUCAGAAUCUAG